UUUUUUUUGUUUUGCAAACAUUUACGAAGCAGCUGAUCGAUUCGAAAUUUUAUUUAAGGGAACAAAAAUAAAACGCCAACGGUCGCUUCAUCACACAACAAGUCAGAACAUGAAAAUUUCGUAACCAUCGUUUUGUGCUAGAAAACAAUUAUUCCACUCAAAAGUUGUGUCUUGUCUUGAGUGUUGCUUCACAAUUUUCGGUUCAACAAACGCUCAAACCAGACCGAACGUGAACGUGAUACGUGAAUCUGACUCAGAGUGAAUGUGAAAUAGUUUCAAAUUGUUUUUUCGGGUUUGGCUUGCGUUUGGUUUUGUUUGUUUUUUAAUUUGUAUUCUCUUCGAUUCUAUGGCAAAGUGCGGUCGUCGUCGCGUUUGUCGUCUUGUUUCUGCUUCCAAUUCCAAAUCCAUACCUGAAAUAAGGGAUGUUGUUUUCAACAAUAACUCUGUGAUAUCUGCUUAAGAAGGGCCUGACAAUAAAAUAGGAGGGUGCCAUCCUAAUCAUCAUAAUAAAACUUUGUUAUUGUUGUUUUCCAAAAACAAGUGUUAACAAGGAUUCGUGAACCUUGUUCGUUCGUGGAUUAUUGUUUAUUGUGAAAUCAGAAUAAAAGCAACCAGUUGUGAAUGUCCCGGCAACAUUCCUGAUCACAUCGUUGGAUAGAAAACAUCUGAGCGGAAGUUUAAAAAAUUUGAAUAAUUUCGGAAAUUUAAUAUCUCGAUCAUUAACAUGGCCCAACAAAAGACCAAGACCUUAAAGAUGAUGUACAGUGGAAAUUUGGAGCAUAUUUCCUGUCCAAUUAAAGCAAAAUACGAGGAGUGCAUCGAAAUUGCUCGUGAACGUUUUGAAAUUCCAGAAGAAUUUAAAAAUUACAUACAAAUCUCAAAUGGCUCUAGAUAUGUAUUUGGGAAGCAUACAUUCGAGUACUUCAACUUAUUAUUCCCAAAUCCAGAAAUAAUAUUCCACAUAAAAUUGGACUACAAUGGACUUUUGGGCACUUUGGACUCGGAUUCGGAAGAACGAACACCAUUCACCAAAUUAAAUAAUAAAAGAAGAAACACUGACGAUCACGAAGGAGUUCCGGUCACAAGACAGAAUUGUUUCAUUGGAGCAAUUGAUGGAAAUGAGUCCCCAUUGUCAGACAUAGAAGAGCCUCAACCAAAGAGACAAAGAACGAUCCUUACGAAAUCCAGAAGUGUUGUUGUUAAGAAAGUAUCAUCGAGGAAGUCUAUUCGUAUUUAAAUACUCUUAUUUAUUUAUUUGUUAAUAUAUAUUCUAUUUUAAUUUAUUUUUUUUAAUUUACUUAAGACAAACUAUUGAACUGAAACCUAAGACUUUUAAAAUCGCAAACAAAAAUA